CCCGGCGAGAACAAGAUGAUCGUUACUCUCGAGUACUCCUGCGACCACAACACUAGGCCGUUCUCAGCGCUGCCAUCUCCUCAAACAGUACCACAUCAUGACCCGAGAGGCUGGGAACGGCGAUAGCGUUAUAACAUUGCUCACUCGCUGCGCAUACUGAAACCCAAAAUAAGGAUCGUAGAACCUGCGGGGCUGAUCUGCGGAUGACUGCCUCAUUCGUGCGCUCAUCACUAAUGUUAGGACUCCGCGGUGCGCUUCCAUAGUUGUAAGAUCAACGCCGUCCACCUUACCGAGGCUUGUAAUUGCACCAUUGGGCAAGUGGCAUUGUAUAACAAAGUAGUAUGUCUCUUCCUGUGUAGUCACACCAAGUCCAAACCAUCGCGCUACCGCUGGCAUUGCUAUGGCAGUCUCCGUGCCAGUGACACCUGCGCGGAGGAAGCAAGUGUUAAGAGUCCUCUUCAUUUCAUUACUUCUUGAUCUGAUAUCCUUCACGUUCAUUCUUCCGCUCUUCCCAAAGCUCCUCGAGUUCUACCGCGAUGUCGAGACACGGUCAUCGGGAACCUUAUUGGCACGGAUAUUGUACGGGUUGAAUGCCUACAAGAACAGCUUUGCGAGACCGAUCAAUGAUCGAUAUGAUAUUGUCCUGCUUGGAGGCGCGAUGGGUUCCCUCUUCUCGCUUUGCCAAGCUGUCGCGUCUCCGGUCAUUGGAACGCUGUCGGAUCGGUAUGGCAGACGGACGGCUUUGCUGUGGUCGAUGAUGGGAAACAUUGCUUCAGUAGCAUUGUGGUGCGCUGCUGUCGACUUCAGGACGUUCCUAGCAAGUCGCGUUGUGGGUGGGUUAAGCGAAGGCAACGUACAGCUUGCGCUGGCUAUCGCUACGGACAUCAGCAACGAGCAGGAGCGAGGCAAGACCAUGGCUAUGGUAGGUGCAUGCUUCAGCAUCGCGUUUACGUUUGGUCCGGCAAUGGGUGCAGCACUAUCGCAGAUUACAACAGUGGCUGCGAAUCCAUUCGCAACAGCUGCUGGUGUCUCGCUUGUCCUGAUCGUCACGGAGACUGUAUACUUAUACUAUGCUCUGCCGGAAACGCAUCACGCCGUACAGCCAACAGCGAAUGGCAAUGUUAAGGACAAGCGAGAGGCACCAGCAGGAGAGCGGACAAACAGUCACGCAUUGCUCAACCUCACCCACUUCGCUUUUGUCCUUUUCUUCUCGGGGAUGGAGUUCUCGCUGUCGUUUAUGACCUACGAUCUCUUCUCCUACCAGUCCGGACAAAACGGACGUCUACUUGGCUACAUUGGCCUGGUUGCUAGUAUUCUACAAGGCGGCGUAGUUCGUCGUAUGCACCCUUUGCGCGUGGUCCAACUGGGCGUUGCCAGCUGCGCCGCGGCCUUCUUCAUGCUGUCUGGUAUCAGCUCAGAGCGUGGACUAUACGCAGCGGCAACGUUACUGGCCGUCACAAGCAGCACCGUCGUCACCGGUCUGAAUAGCUUGUCGAGCUUCGAGGCCGGAAGCGAGGAACGAGGCGAAAAGCUCGGCAACUUUCGAAGUUUUGGCCAGGUUGGUCGCGCCCUAGGUCCACUCAUUUCGUGCACGCUGUACUGGUGGGCAGGACGGCACACGGCAUAUCUGGUCGGUGGCAGCGGCAUGUUGCUGGUUGCUGGUCUGGUGUUUAGCGGCUUGAAAGCGCCGAAAGGGCUACAAGCUGCGCCAAAGGCUUCUGUGUCACAGGCACAGGAGUCGACAGAGAGAGAUCGAUAG